AUGAGCUUGUCGGCGCCUUCGAGGCGGCUGCCUUGGAAAUGCCUCUCCUGUCGCUCUCCUGCAAACCAAUAUCAACGCAGGACAGUCAUCUUCGGCCGCGGCAACUCCAACUCCAACUCCUCCAGCGAUGGUGGCGACAAGCCUAAUCCCGUCCUCGAGGAAUACCGCAAGAACAACCCCAAUCCAACCGACAGCCAGGCGGAAGCGCAACAAAAAAUGGUCGAAGCCAUGCGCACCCCCGGCGACAUUGCCUCUGGCUCUAUCUUCGAAGACGAACGCCGCACGACCUCCCAGACAGCUGCGGAGUCCGCAGAGGCAUCCGAGGUCAAGAUCGGAGGCAACUCCCGCGAUCCUAAGAUCAUGGCCCGAAUGCUCAACCCUGACCCCAAUGCCCGCGAACGAUGGGAGCGGAAGAAAGUCAUACAGAUGGUCAGGAAGGGCGGAAGAUUGACGAACGCGCAGAUGAUCAAGAGGACGGAACGGGAGCAUCUGGUGAAAAGCCAUAAUAUGAAGACAUCUGUCAAGAAGUUAGGCAUGCUGGCACGGCAGAUCCAAGGCAAGACGAUUGAUGAUGCGAUUGUUCAAAUGCGUUUCAGCAAGAAGAGGGUUGCGCAGGAGGUGUUGAAGCAACUGGAGUUUGCGAGGGAUGAGGCUGUUGUCAUGAGGGGAAUGGGACUGGGCGCUGUGGGCGGGAAAGAAGUAGAGAGAGACGUGAAUGAGCUUGCAGCGGGGGUGGAAGACCUUUCUCUGCAGAAACAGCGACCCGUGGAGAUUCAGCUCAAGGAUGGCAAAAGGCAUCGUGUAGAGGACAGGAGUAAGAUCUACAUCGACCAGGCAUGGGUGGGGCGUGGACCGUACGGGCAACUGCCGGACUACCGUGCGAGAGGGAGAGUAUUCAUCAUGAGGACUCCGUGGACGAGUUUGAGUGUGGUGUUGAAGGAGGAGGCUACACGAGUCCGACAAUGGGAAGAGCGCGAGGCGAAGAGAGUAAAGAAAUUGAAGGAGAAGGUCUGGGUACCACUGCCGGAUCGCCCUAUACAGAUCCAGAGGCAGUGGUAUAGUUGGUGA